UAGAAACUGGAUUUGAUAUUAUGAACUGGAUCACCUUUUCAAAUCUGUCUUUCCUGAGAAUCAGAGUUGGGAAGACGGACCCUAUUGGUUCCGAAGGGAAAAUGCUAACCAUUGAUGAUGCUAUUGUAUGGCCACAUAACUUUCAUCAGGUCCAGCCACUUUCUCUGUGUAAUGGGAAGUGCCAUUUAGGUUACAGUAAGAGCAAGAUAGAAGGGAAGGCAUUUUGUUGCUAUAAUUGUCAUAAAUGUCCACAAGGCAAAAUCUCCAACCAGGAGGACUUGGAUGACUGUUUUCAGUGUGCAGAAGAUCAGUACCCCAGUGACAAGCAAGAUAUAUGUCUCCCCAAAGUUAUAACAUUCUUGAAGUAUGAAGAAACCUUGGGAACCAUUUUCACCAGUUCAGCUCUUUUCUUUUCUUUGGUUACAGUUGGUGUCUUCUGGAUCUUUAUUAAGCAUCAGGACACUCCCAUUGUCAAAGCCAACAACAGGGAUCUCACAUACACUCUCCUUAUGGUUCUUUUGUUAUCAUUUCUUUGUGUUUUUCUAUUCAUUGGGCAACCCAACAAAGUGACCUGUGUUUUUCGCCAAACUGCCUUUGGCAUCAUCUUCUCAGUGGCCAUUUCUUGUAUUUUGUCGAAAACCUUCAUUGUGGUUCUAGCUUUCAUAGCCACUAAACCAGGGUCCAUGAUGACCAAAUGGAUGGGGAAAAAAUUAGCCAUGUUCAUAGUGUUAGGCUGCUCAUUUAUUCAAGAAAUUAUUUGUGCUAUAUGGCUGACAAGCUCUCCCCCAUUCCCAGAUGCUGACAUGAAUUCAAUGGAGCAAGAAAUAAUUCUGGUGUGUAACGAGGGCUCAAACUCCUUUUUCUACUGUGUCUUGGGCCUUUUGGGCUUCCUUGCUUUAGUUAGUUUCACGGUGGCUUUCCUAGCAAGGAAAUUGCCCGAUGCCUUUAAUGAAGCCAAAUUUAUAACCUUCAGCAUGUUGGUCUUCUGCAGUGUGUGGUUGUCCUUUGUUCCAACAUAUCUGAGCACAAAAGGAAAAUAUAUGGUUGCUGUAGAGAUCUUCUCCAUUAUAGCUUCUAGUGCUGGGUUACUGAUUUGCAUAUUUUUUCCCAAAUGUUAUAUCAUAGUUUUGAGGCCUGAUAUGAACAACAAAGAUCAGCUAAGAAGACAAAAUAACAGAAUUGCAUAAAAUAGCAUAAAGAGAAGCAAUAGGUUAUGUUACCUUUGGGAAAGUAGAAAUACUCAAUGACAUAAUUUAAUAUCACUUAUCAAGAGGUAAUCUCUUAGG